AUGUCCGGAGUCAGCGCAAUCGACUCUCGGGUUUUCCGAAAUCUCUUUGGGACGGAGCAGAUCCGCAAGGUCUUCAGCGACACAGCGUAUCUGGAGCGAUGCGUUGAGGUCGAAGUCGCGCUUGCGAAAGCUCAGGCGAGGGCAAAGAUCAUCCCUCAAGACGCCGCGGACCAGAUAGCCACCAAGGCACGAGCCUCGUCACUCGACCUCUCCCGCCUCAGCGACGAGACCGAAAUCGUCGGGUACCCGAUCCUCCCACUCGUGCGGCAGCUGGCCACCAUGUGUGGCGAUUACGCGGGCAAGUAUCUGCACUGGGGGGCCACGACGCAGGAUAUCAUGGACACGGCGUCCAUGUUGCAGAUCCGGUCAGGCUUGUCGAUCGUGGAAAGCGAGCUUGACAGGGUGAUCAAGGCCACAGAGUCUCUCGCCGAGAAGUACAAAAACACGCCCAUGGCGGGACGGACGCAUCUGCAGCAUGCACUUCCCGUGACAUUUGGAUACAAGUGCGCGGUAUGGCUGUCCAGCUUGUAUCGACACCGCGAAAGGCUCAGGCAGAUACAGCCUCGUGCCCUGAUGGUGCAGUACGGAGGUGCAGCUGGGACCCUGGCUUCGCUUGGAGCUGGCGAGGAAGGGAUCGUGGUUCGGAAGGAGCUGGCAAAGGAGAUCGGUCUGGCCGACCCGCCAAUCUCGUGGCACGUCGCGAGAGACGGGAUCGCAGAGACGCUCAAUCUUCUCGCGCUGAUCGGUGGAACUGUUGGCAAAAUCGCACUCGAUCUCAUGAUCAUGUGCUCGAACGAAUUCGCAGAGGUCGCGGAACCGUUCGUGCCUCAUCGUGGAGCCUCGUCGACCAUGCCGCAGAAGCGGAACCCCAUCUCCAGCGAGUUAAUGCUGGCGGCGUCGAAGGUUCUGAGAUCGAAUGCCGGAUUGGGAUUGGACGCCAUGAUCGCGGACUUUGAACGGGCUUCCGGGCCGUGGCACCUCGAAUGGAUUGCAGUGCCUGAAAGCUUCACUGUGGCGGUCGGGGGUCUACACCAGGCGGCAUUCGCUCUUUCUGGCCUCGUUGUCGAUGAGAGGCAGAUGUUGACAAACUUGAAUUCCACGGCGGGCCUCAUCGUCGGAGAGGCCGUCAUGAUGGGUCUUGCGCCGUUCAUCGGUCGACAGAGGGCACACGACGUGGUGUAUCAGGCUUGCCAGGAAGCGGUUCAGGAAAAGACCUCCCUACUGGAGGCUUUGAGCCGUGAUAAGUCGAUCGUCGAUUCUUUGGGCAUGGAUGAGCUAAGGAAGUUGUGUGAUCCAGUCAAUUACCUGGGAUCGUCGACGCGCAUGGUCGAUGAUGUCCUAGCCUUGAGAAAGUAA